AUGUGGGAUGGAGUGUAUCACGAGGUGAUAAGAUCCAAGGGUGGAAUGGUAGUUCUUUGGAGUCCAGAUAAAGUGGUAGUAGAUUUGAUCAAUAAGCAGGAAAAUUGGAUGCAUUGUAAAGUAAGAAUCUUGCAGGAAGAAAUGGAUUUUUCCGUAUUCAAUGUUUAUGGACCAACUAAGACAGAGGAAAAGAAAAGGGUUUGGAUUGAAAUCACAUAUCAGAUUAGAAUGAUUGAUUCAGAGAAAGCAAUAGUGGUGGGAGAUUUCAAUGCAUUACUCUACAAUGAAGAAAAAUUUGGAGGUUUAAGUAUGAACACCCGAGUGAUGGAAGAUUUCAGAAAUUUUGUAAUAGACAAUAACCUCUUUGAUGUAGUCCCUAAAUCUGGAAAAUUUACAUGGACUAAUAGGAGGGCAAAUUUUAGCAGAAUUUUUGAGAGAUUGGACAGAAUAUUUGUUGGAUCAUUUUGGUUAAGAGCAAACAUUGAGAAGUGGUGGAAAGAAUGUACAGAUAUUAAAGGCACUCCAAGUUAUUGUUUUAUCAAAAAGAUGAAAUAUCUCAGGAACAAAAUCAAAACAUGGAAUUUGGUAUCCUUCAAGAAUAUUUUUGCUGAAAAACUAAGGGUGGAAGCAGAACUAGAUAGGAUCAAUAACUUGGUGAUCGAGAAGGGGGUGACGAAUGAAGAGUACCAUGCUGAGAUUUCCCAUAAAGAUGAACUGGAAGAAAUUCUUCUAAGAGAAGAAAUGUUUUGGCAGGAUAAAUCCAAAGAAUUAUGGAUAGAUGCAGGGGAUUCAAAUUCCAAAUUCUUUCAUGCCUCCUUAAAAGCAAAAAGGAAUAAAAAUAGAAUCAAUCAGUUGAAAGAUGUCUCGGGCAAAAUGGUUGGCAAAGCAAAAGAGUUGGAGAACCUAGCAGUCAAAUAUUUUGAAGAAAUCUUGGGAUCUUCGGAAGGGAAUAGAGAUGAAUCAGUUGAAUAUCUUGUGAAUAUCAUUGACAAACAGAUUUUGGAGGAGGAUAACGCAUCACUUUUGGCUUCAAUUGCAAAAGAUGAAGUUAAAAAGGCAACAUUUGAGCUGCACUCGCAUAAAGCUUUUGGGUCCAGAUGGGGUGACAAUGGAGUUGUAUCAGAGGUGUUGGAAAUUCAUGGGAGAGGAUAUUUGGAUGGUGGUGGAGGAAUUUCGAAGGAAAGGCAAAUUUGUUAA